AUGCCAAACUGCAUAGUCGAUAACUGUAAAUAUUACUCUGGAAAGAAGUUGAAAGGCCCUGAUGUGACAUUGCACGUGUUUCCUAAAAAUGUGGACAUAAUCAAAAAAUGGCUGCUGCAAGUACAAGAGUCAGGCCAGAGUUUUGGCGACCUAGAUGAGUUUGUGCAACGCGUUUACGAUGGUAAAAAAAGUGACGUUUUUCGAAUUUGCUCACAACACUUUGCUGAAGACUGUUACACAUAUCAAGUAGUUCAAAAAAGAAUAAUGAAGAAAGACUCGAUACCUACAAUAUUUACCAGGCAGAAUGAACAGGAAGAUAUAUCAGACUUUAACGGACUAUCAGCCAGGAGAUAUCGGAGGAAGGGCAGAUUGGAUUCAUCAUUUGAAAAUGGGCAGCAGGAAUUAUUUCAAAACAUGGUUAAUCCACUGUCUGAGAUGGAUGAGAUGUUUGGUGGGAUGAAGCAAGACUCUGUCCUGCAAUCUUCUCUUCAUGAUUCUGUGAGUGAAGUUGAUGGAAUUCAGCCUUCCAUGAACCAGGCAAGUGAUAUUGAAUUUUCGGGGGGGGGUGGGGUUGUGUUUUUUUAAUUUUUUAUUUACAUUACAUAGAGAUUUACUGUAUUGACAGCUUCUUUCAUGACGUUAUAGUUUCCCCUAUAUAUCUUACCGUGACCCUCCAUUGACCACUGUAUUUAACAUUAUGCUUGCUACUUAGUCACCUUGUAAUUUAAAGUUCUGUUACAUUCAACAAUACACUUGGUGGCAUCUGUGGCGUUUUAUUGCUCUCUCUAUUCUAUAUCGGGCUUUUUAAACUCUGACCUACAGAUGUUGCUAAACUACUACUGCCAUGAUUCUCUGGGAAUUGUAGUCAAUCAACAUCUUUGGGUAGCGGGACAACAUUUGAGAUCCCUGGUGUAUAUGAUGCAUAUUCUAUAAACUUGCGUAGUGGUCUUACCGUUUUCCAGUCUCUAGGUUACUAGUGUUGCUGAGUAUUUUCUGUUCACCUUUGUAGCCACAUCCCACCGUACUUCACUAACCAUAUGUGAGUGUGUUACAUGCUGCAAUUAGUAUUUUCUGUGAUGUCUCCCGGAAAGAUGUUGUUGUUCUCAUUGCAGGGUAAUAAAUAUGAAAGAGGAUUCCUGACAUGUCACACCUACCCCUUUACAUCAGGGAAAAAUCUGAAAACUCUUCACAACAGUUUCAUGUUAAUGUUAUGUCGUUCCCAGUUUGCCUGUAUCCGUUUCUAUAUAAUUUCAGAAAUUGGAUGGUUUGUGUGAAUUCAGUCCAUUUGACAAGAACCGGGCCAGGAUCUCGGAUGAUCUGGUUGACUCCGUGUUCAUAAAAAAGGACAGGAAUGGGGUGACCGAAAGAAUCUUGGCUCUCACCUUGCAGAUUAUCUACCUGCUGACUGGAGAGGUGAGGGAUUCUAUCACAGCGAUUUCCUAUUUUAUUUCCAUUUUAACACAGACUCCAUGGCUGACGUAGGAGAGAUGUUAGUGAAUCCAGGAAUUGUACAGCUAGGUGUAUCACCGGUUUAGUAGGGUAUUGGUAAUUUAGAAAGCGUUAGUUCAGAUGUAGCUGGUUAAUAGGAAGGCAAAGAACUGUAUAGCGACAUGAAAGGAACCUUGGUAGAAAUGGUACACCCAAUGAGAUCUCAUUGUUAGUCCUCUGAGAUAUGUCUUACAGGAUUAUGUACUAAAGUGAGGAUUCAAGUGAAUUUCAAACUUAAACGGACAGUUUUUGAGAGACUUCCAGACAGCCACUAUAGGCUUUUUUGGGAGUUUACCGGACUGCGCAUUGAGUCGGUGUUUUCCAAUGGGGAUGGCCUAAUGCACUUGAGGGCAUUAGGUCCCCCCCCCACCUCAGCUGACGUCGGAGGAGGUGGAGGGCGACCCAGCGCAGGGGGAUCAGCACUCAAAUCGGGUAAGUAAAUAUGUUUGUUUCUUUUAAAACCUUUACAUGCAGGGGGAGGGGUUGUGAGGGAGGCAGGGGAACAGAGGGCACUAUAAUGUUAGGAAUACAACUUUGUAUUCCUAACACUAUAGAAUCCCCUUAGGGCCAAAAUAGCGGAAUUGGAACCAUUCUUUGAAGAGGCUCUGUCACCUUCUGGGGUCUAUGCUUAUUUUGAAAAUACCCCAGAUGGUUACUUUGCUGCAUGCAGUGAGGCGGAUGUGGGGCGCAACGAAAGGUGAGUUUUACUUACCUGAACCUAUCCUUUGCGGCCACCAUCUUUUUCUGUGGGAUCCUAUUCAGGUCCUGGCACUUCAACAACCAGGAGCAGACAUCAGUGCUUUACACUUGUGCAUGCGCGAAAGUAUAACACUAAUGUCUAUAUAGGAGACAGCGAGAAGCUCCAUAGACAACCCCUCAGCCAUAACUAACGAUGGUUGAGGGCAUGACAAAGCUUGAUACCAUUAGCUUUGCCUUCUGGUUAAGUACAGAAAACACCGAGUCAUUUUAAGGCAGUAAUUCCUCUAGUUUAGCUACUUUGUACUAAAAUGUGAAAUUCACGGUGAAUUCUUGCUUUGGUAAAUAAACCUAUGAGGUUUCCUCAUGAUAUGUUAAUAUCACUAACUUAGUAUCACUAACUGUGUAGGAUUAUACGGUCACGAAGAAGUCUGGUGAACAUGUGACACACAGCAAAAGUCCCUGUGUAUCAGAAGAAUUAUUCAGGCCCACAAGUCCCAGCACGGUGCCACUGAUGAAUGAGAAGAAGGUCCUUGAACUGACCAAUCAGAUCAUCCAGCUGCUGACUGGAGAGGUGAGGAUGCUGGGAAUGGGACAUUAUACAGUUAAACCAAGGGAUGUGUCUGGAUGGUGACUGUAUCAUUGUGUGUGACAGGUUCCUAUAAGGUGUGAGGAUGUCACUGUCUAUUUCUCCAUGGAGGAGUGGGAGUAUUUAGAAGGACACAAGGAUGUAUACAAGGAUGUAAUGAUGGAGAAUCACAAGACCCUCAGUUCACUGGGUAAGACAUUAGCAAAUGUAAUCUGGGAACUAAAAUGUCUUAAAUACUGUAUUUUUGUAAUGGUAUACAUUUUUUUAUCACCUCAAAUUUUGGGUAAAACACUGCCUGCAUUUUAUAUGCCAAAUGUGUCUUUUAUACUUUGUAUAAACUGCCAACUGCCACUGGACCCCAGGGAAACCACCCUCCAGAAAAAGGUAAGAACCUGGAGGGCGGCUAGAUGUAGCAUGUGUGUGUCAGUAUGUCUGUAUGUGUGUAUGCCUGUGUGUGUGUGUCAGCAUGUCUGUGUGUGUGUGUGUGUGUCAGUACGUGUGUGUGUGUGUCUGCGUGUGUCAGUAUGCCUUUGUUUGUGUCACUAUGUCUUUGUGUGUGUCAGUAUGUCUGUCUGUGUGUAUGUCCGUAUGUUUGUGUCGGUGUGUCUGUGUAUGUCAGUAUGUCUGAAUGUGUGUCAAUAUGUCUGCCAGUAUAUAUUUGUGUGUCAAUAUGUCUGUGUGUGUCAGUAUGUAUCUGCGAAUGUGUCAAUAUGUCUGUGUGUGUGUGUGUGUACGUGUCAGUCUGUCUGUGUGUGUGUAUGUGUCAGUAUGUCUGUGUGUGUGUCAGUAUGUCUGUCUGUCUGUGUGUGUAUGUGUCAGUAUGUCUGUGUGUGUGUGUGUCAGAUUGUCUGUCUGUGUGUGUAUGUGUCAGUAUGUCUGUGUGUGUGUGUGUCAGAUUGUCUGUCUGUGUGUGUGUGUGUCAGUAUGUAUCUGCGAAUGUGUCAAUAUGUCUGUGUGUGUGUGUACGUGUCAGUGUGUGGAUGUGUCAAUAUGUCUGUGUGUGUGUACGUGUCAGUCUGUCUGUGUGUGUGUGUAUGUGUCAGUAUGUCUGUGUGUGUGUGUGUCAGAUUGUCUGUCUGUGUGUGUGUGUGUCAGUAUGUAUCUGCGAAUGUGUCAAUAUGUCUGUGUGUGUGUGUACGUGUCAGUGUGUGGAUGUGUCAAUAUGUCUGUGUGUGUGUGUACGUGUCAGUGUGUGUAUGUGUCAGUAUGUCUGUGUGUGUAUGUGUCAGUAUGUCUGUCAGUGUAUAUGGCUGUGUAAGUAUGUUUUGAAUCUCUCUACAUUAGUUCCCCGACUGCAUUGGGGUGAAAAGUGUGAUGGGGGUUGGGUGUAAUUGGGGGGUGGGAGGGGCAAGGAAAUUCUUUGCCCAGGGUCCUAUUCAUAUUAUAGGUGGCCCUGGUUGUUAGUAUGUAAGAUGAAAACUGUAAUUUUACUCACUGUAAAUUCCUUUUUCCUUAAUAUGGAGGCAGUACAAUAGGGUUUUACCUUUCCCUCGGGACCAGCAUCUGAAAUAAUUAACAUAAAAAGUUCCUCCCCUUACCAGGUAUGAGAGACCAAACCAGCCCUGGGACCUCAGUACGUACCAUGAACACCUCAGUGAAUGAAUCCAUAGAACACCCAAAAAAUAAAAUAUACACACACAUAAAGGGAGGGAUUGAUGUACUGCCACCAUAUUAAGAAAAAAGGAAUUAACGGUGAGUAAAAUUACAGUUUUUCCUGACAUAUGGUGGCAGUACAAUAGGGAUAUAUCGAGAUCCCAGACUAAGGGCGGGAAUUUAGGCAAUAACAGCUUGUAACACCUUGUGCCCAAAAUCAGCAUCAGAGGCAGAGAAUACGUCUAGCCUGUAAUGUUUGACAAAAGUGUUGAAAGAAGACCAGGUAGCCGCCUUGUAUCUUCCGGAGAGGCACACACUUUUUCGGCAGCCAUGGCUCUAGUAGAAUGUGCUUUCAAGGAGGCAGGCAGAGGUAGAUUCGAGGUAGAAUAAGCCAAUUUAAUAGUAUCCACCAGUCAUCUUGCCAAAGUGGCCUUGGAGGCAACUUGGCCUUUACAUUUUCCAAAGAAAUUCACGAAUAGAUGAUCAGUCAUCCUAUACGCAGAGGAGCGGUCCAAGUAGAUUGUCAGAGACCUACCAAAAUCUAGUUGGUUCCAAUCAAAUUCCCAAUCUGGCAAAGAUGGACCAUUAAAGGAAGGAAGAAAAAUAGGUUGGUUUAUAACCUUGGAGGAGAUGACUUUCGGAAGAAAGGAAGGCUUAGGGUACAUAACCACUUUAAUCCGGAAGAAAUUUUGUAAAUUCAGGAGAGGAAGAAAGGGCCUGGAGUUCCCCUAUCCUCUUAGCCGAAGUAAUGGCCACCAAAAACACGGUCUUCAGGGACAGAUUCUUCAAUGAAGCUUCUUCCAAAGGUUCGAAAGGCUGAGUUCACAGAGAUUUCAAAACUAAAGACAAAUCCCAAGAAGGAAAACAGAUUUUCUUAGGAGGCUUUUACGAGUCUUACAUCUUUAAAAAAUCUCCUAAUGAGAGGAUCAGAAGCCCAAUUUUUUUACCAAAAAAUGACUGAGAGCAGAAACUUGGACUUUGAGAGUAGACAGACUAAAACCUUGAGCAAGACCAUCUUGCAAAAAAUGAAGGAUAGUGUGACAGAUUCAUCUGUAUUGCUGGUUCGUCUAUUUCCCUUUGUUCGCUGAAUUGCCUGUUCACAUAACCCCGUUCGUGGAAUUUGCAAACUACCGAUUGAAACUACCGAACGAACGACCACCCAGGAGAUGAGUGUGCUGUUGGUUAACCUCUUGGCCCCAAUUAGAACGUUGUGGUUAACCGCAGACACCUCUCCAUUCCAUUCGUACGGGUGGUCGUCGUUCGCAUGUCGACCACGAGGCAGCGGCCAUUUUGGGACAUACGAACACAUAGCGGUGUUCGGUACAAACUGUAUGGAACUAAAAACGGACACUUAAACUACCGAACACCGCUGGAAGCUGCUGCCUCCCUUCCAUUUCGACAAGGCAUGCGAACGUCGGUCGUUCGGGAGUUUUUAUUCAUUCGUAUGGACUUUCACCCAGACAGCUAUCCCAUGGAGUCAUUCGUAUACCGAAGGACUGGUGAAAGACUUUGACUCCAUGGCGAUUCGACUAGAUACAUCAGAUCUGAGCGCUAUUCGGUGAAAACAUGCACUCAGAUCCAGGCUGUCUGGGGAUACGUUACACGAACCAUAUGCAUUCGGUAUUUCUGCAGUUAUGUAUUUUAAUGUAUUUUUAUUAUUGUAAGUUAAAAUGGCGAUUGUCUCUACCUUGGGAGAUAAUUAGGUUUCUUCCUAAUUAUCUCAGAGGUAGAGAAGACGGAAUUAUGGGCAAGAUGGGAAGGGCUAUUAUUGAAGCCACUGCGAUUGGCUACUGUCCACUAUGUCUUACAGUCUUCCACAAGGUCCCCUCGGGGAGUGUCCACCUUGUGGAGACCUGCAUAAAUACCGGGCAGGAAGCCCCCAUUAAACAGAUCUUCAUUUGACCCUCAAGACGGAGCUUGGUCUCGUUUGUGGGGGGAAUUAUUACUGGGACAGCGCUUUCGUUAUUUUUAGCUGUGGAAGGUGUUCGACUGUUUUGCUGAUCGGGAGUUGCCGUGUUCGUGGACUUCGUUCGGGAGUUUGGCGGUCGGCUGGAUUUAAACUGCAUUUCUGGAGAAGGGGAUUAUUGACUAAACGGCGGCUUCAUCUACUCGACGGUACGUGUCGUAACAGAUAGUAUCAGUAGAAGGAGAGGAUCCUAUGCAAUGAUGAGAUAUGCACCAGUGAAGAAAUCUCAUCCAAAUCUUUAAGUAGAUAGAAGAGGUAGAGCUCCUGGUAGAAUUUAACAGUAACUGAAACCUCUCUUCUUGAAUGCCCCAUUAUGCAGAAUUAGCCGUGCAGCACCCAAGCUGUCAACCUGAACAUGUUCAAUACUUGUACUGGAAUUCCCUCGUUUUCCAGAAGAUCCGGUGUUACCGGGAGAAUCCAGUACUUUAAAGCCAUUUUCUUUAAAACCGAGAACCAGCUGCGGUUUGGCCAGUACGGUACUAUGGCCAGAAUAUGAGCUUUUUCUGAUGUUACCUUUUGCAGAAUACUUGGGACAAGGCUUACUGGGGGAAAAAUGUAAGCAAGGGGAAACUCCCACCGGUUCAAAAGACCAUCCAUUACCAGUGGCCUGUCUACCUUGAAGAGGGAGGCAAACGAUCUUCUUGCCAUAAGGUCUAUGACUAGAAGACUGAAUCUCUUCACCAGAUGAGCGAAAAUUUCUGGAUUGAGAGACCAGUCAUUCUGGGACCAUUUUGAUCUGCUUAAAUCGUCCGCUACCACGUUGUCUACUCCUCGAAUGUGAAUGGCUGAAAUGUCGUCUAGAUGACUUUGAGCCCAGGACAUAAUCUGUGAGCAAAGGAAAUACAAUUUUUUACUCUUGUACCGCCUUUUUUGUUUAGGUAGGAGACUGUAGUCUGAUUGUCCGACUGGAUUUUUACAGCUUUUCCUACAAUGAAAUCCUUGAACUGCUGAAGAGUGUAGAGUACUGUUAACAACUCUUUGAAAUUUGAAGAUUCCUUUGUUUCCUUUUCUGACCAAACACCUUGUCUUAAGUGAUAUGGGGGGUGAGCUCCCCAACCUGUAUUUGAAGCGUCUGUAGAAAUCACGAUCCAAGAUUUUUGACGAAAAGACAGGCCUUCUGUAAUAAAUUUUUCCUCUAGCCACCAAGAGAUUUUUUCUUUUGUAUGACCUGAUAUACUCAUUAAAGCAUCCAAGUCUUCUUCCUUCUUUGACCAUUGGACAAGAAUUUCCCACUGUAACGGCCUUGAUUCCGCUCUGGCCCAUUUUACUGCCGGGAUUGUAGAGGUCAGAUUACCUAAAACCUGCAUGGCUUUCCUCACCGAACAUUCUGACAUCCAAAGAAGGUUUUUUAUUAAAAUAUUUAUCUUUUUUCUCUUUUCUCUUGUCAGAUGAACCGACAGAGUAUCUGACUUGAUCAAAAACCCUAGAAACAGGAUAGACCUUGUGGGGGUAAGGUGUGAUUUUUCUAGGUUGAUAAUCCAACCAUGUUCUUCCAGGAUUUCUAGCGUAUAGGCCACAUCUGACUCUAGAGCGCCUCUUGAAUCUGCCUUUAUUAACCAGUCGUCCAAGUAAGGUACUACUGUGAUUCCUUGCAUCCUUAAAAAAGCUGUGACCGGUGUGAGGAACUUUGUAAAAAUCCUGGGUGUUGAAGCUAGCCCGAAUGGAAGGGCAUUGAAUUGGAAAUGAUGGCCCUUUUUCCCUUUCCUUAUAGCAAACCUCAGGUAUUUUCUUGAUUUCACAUCCAUAGGAAUAUGCAGGUAGGCAUCCUUUAGAUCUAAAGUUGCCAUGAAAUCUCCUUUUCGAAGGAUAUGAGUGACAGAUGCUAUAGUCUCUAUUCUGAAAUGUUGGUAAGGAAUGAGCUUGUUCAGGUUUUUUAGAUCCAAGAUUGGAAGAAAAGACAUGUCCGGUUUUGGGACUAGGAACAACCGGGAGUAUACACCCUGAUAUACUUGGGAAGUUGGAAUCCUUUCUACCACACCUUUUCUUAAUAGGGAGACUGUGGCAGAAUAAAGGGCUUGGGUUUUUUAACUUCGACCGGUAGGAGGAGACAAGGAAACUUGGUCUUGGAACAUCAAAGAAUUUUAUUCGGUAGCCUUUUUGCACCAGAUUCAGAAUCCAAGGAUUUGUAGUGGUCUCCCUCCAUCUCUGAACAAAACCUUGCAACCUUCCGCCCACUCUGAUGGCGUCAGAAACGUUUGUUUCUGUCAGACUUAUUGUCUUUUUGUGUCACUUCUUGGAUUUUUCCUUUGUUGACGAAAAAACCUGGGUUUUUCUUGAAAGCCCCUACGGUUUUUGAACUGGAAAUUUCUAUACCUGGGUUUCCAGGCAUAUUUUCUGUCUUGAGACAGGGCCUUCUUGGUUUCCGACAUCUGUCGGAUUAACCCUUCUAAAGGAGAACCAAACAACUUUUUCUUCUCCAAAGGCAGUUCACAUAAUGCAGAUUUUGAUGCAAUGUCUGCUGUCCAGGCCUUAAGCCACAGUGCCCUUCGGGCCACAGAUGUCAAACCCAUGACACGAGCCAAAAGCUUAAUUACCUCCGUGAUAAUAUCCAUAAUGUACUCAUUAGACAACCUCAAAUUUUGGAACAGGAGGGAAAGGUCUUUGUCUUGGUUAUCACCCAGACCAUCUUCCAAAGUGUUAAGCCAAAGAUUCUGAGCUCUCACCGCUGAAGCCCCAGCUAAUGCUGCUUCAGCCUGAAAACCUGCAGCCUGAUAAGCCCUUCUGCUGGAAGUUUCAGCCCUCUUAUCCAUAGGGUCUUUCAGACCAGAAACUUCCCCAAUAGGUAUGGUAGUUUUUUUAGACAAUUGAGCCACUUGUAAAUCAACUACCGGCAAUUCUUCCCAUUUAUCUUCCUCCUCCAUUUUAACAAUACUUUUAAAAUGUCUGGAGAUAAAAGCCCUUUUCUCAGGGUUCUUCUAUUCUCUGAAUAUCAAAUCCAGCAUUUUUUGUUGGACUGGAAUUGCUUUACCUUUGGAUUUGCCUACCGUUUCAUCAGAAAGGAUAACAUUAACCUCUUUAAUAAAUUUUCUUAAUUCAUCCAAUUCAAACCAACCUCAGUAAUAGAAGAGUCGCUAGAGGAUUCUGAAUAAGAACAUUCACCCGAGGAUAGUUCUGAACUAGAUGUAGUUUUCUUCCUUUUAGACUUCUGUUUAGUAGCUUUUACAGGAGAAGUGUGAGCAGGCUCUUUAAAAGACUCAAAAGUCUGGGCCAGAUUAUCCUGAAACCAAGACGAAAAUGAUUUCAUCUCUUGUUGCUUGGAUUUUUCUAGUGUCAAAGAAGAUCAAAUAUUACAGACUUUCCUUUUAAAACCAUCUGGUAAAGGAGUGGAGCAUUCACUACAACAGAGAUAUUUAGCUGUGGAACUGGCUUUUUUUAGAAGCAGGAGUAGGCACUUUGUCUUUAGCCAUAUCAUCCGUAGAGACAGGACUAGACAUAUCUGUAAUACAUAAGCAAAUAAACCAUAUUUGUAGAAACAAUAAAAAUAGAGAGUUUUAAAGAUUAUAAACCUAAAGAAUCAUACCUCUAAAACCUCUGACCCGUGUGGGGGGGCUGGUGACACGGGAGACUUUCACUGCCGAGCAUCCAUGCUGACAGUAAGAUCUGCACAGCAUAAAUAGGCAGAUCCUUUGAAAUCUAGCGCCAUUUCGGGAUGUUCAGACCGCGCACGUGCAUUGCGCGGUCGGAACUCUGGUGGAACGCAUAACCACCCGGGUGUGCGUUCCACCGCCGUGUGCAUGCGUCUCCGACGGGCAGUGAUUUGCUGCCACUAGAGACCGCCUCCCUGCUUCGCCGGUGACUGCACUCGGCAUAAAGCAGGCUUCCCAUACCUGCUCCGUAAUCAUGCAGGAUGCUUGCUGGCCAUUCAGCUCUCCACCCGGGGGGCUAUCAGACCGGAUCCGCCUGGCAGCAACCCAUGUGCCUCACCAUCUCAUUCCAGAUGCCGUCCGUUCCUGAUGGAACAAGAAAGAGAAUUGAGGUCCCAGGGCUGGUUUGGUCUCUUAUACCUGGUAAGGGGAGGAACUUUUUAUGUUAAUUAUUUAUUUCAGAUGCUUGUCCCGAGGGAAGAGUACAUCCCUGUUGUACUGCACCAUAUGUCAGGAAAAAAUGCAAAUACCUUUUAAAGUCUAAAUCUAAAAACAGAACCCACAGCAUAUAUAUAUAUUUAUACCAGAGGUGUACGGCAAAAGGGAGCUCUACUAAGUACUAAAGAUGCUUUCCAUGGAGGGGUUGAAUAAUUUUGAGACUGGAGAAGUCAUUAUAAUUUGCAUUUUUAGUUGAAUUUUGGGAAACCACUUGAAGCAUUCGUUGUGUUGAGCUAUUUCAAUUGCUUUUGUUUAUUUUGUCCAUUGCAAACAGCUGAAAGUCUGUACAUGAUUUACAACAAACCUAAUUUUCAAUGGGGAUUGGAUAAUUUUAAUUAUAACUGUAAAUAGAGUAUCUUUGCUGUUUUAUAAAAAUAUCAUGCAUACAGAAUUCUUGUUUCAUUAAGAGAUAUCAAUAGUUAUUUAUUUAUAUAGAGUGUCCCUUUAAUAAACAUGGCACGUAUUAUACGAUCACUAGCCUUCUGCAAUUAAUGUGGGUUGAUGAUAUCAUAUUGAGAUCAGCGAUAUCUCCGGCACGGGCUCUUAGAAUAUCCAAGAAUUACUAUAUCAUUAUUAAUUGCAUUAUCUUUUACAUUGUUUUAUAGGUUGAAAAAUGUCUUGCGUCCAUCAUCUUCAGACUAACUCACAAUAAUUGUUUUGCUAUUAAUCAAAAAGAAGGCAAAAAAACUAUUUUGAAAACUUUCUAUUAUACAAAAAGUAAUUUAUUUUUUUUUAAUGUCAAAAUUGUGAAUUGCAUUUGUUAGACCUGAAACAAAGGGACUCUAUAGUCAACAAAACAACUUUAGCUUAAUGAAGCAAUCAAGCAAGUGUUGUAUAUAGAUCACGUCUCUGCAGUCUCACUGCUCAAUUCUCUACCAUUAACAAGUUAAAUCACUUUUGGUUCUGUUGUGCAGCCUGAGCCACAUCUCCCCCUGGCUGUAGCUGACACAGCCUGCAUGAAAAAAAAAAUUGGUUUAAUUUUUCAGUCAGAUGUUAACUUGCUUUAGAAGUUUUUAACUCCUGCUCUGUAAAUUGAACUCUAACCACACAUAGGCGGGUCCUGCAAGGUCUAGCAAGCUAUUAGUAGUGCAGAAUAUAAGAAAUUCUAAAUUGAACAGAAUUUGCAAAAAAGGCAGUGUAAACAUUAGAUCACACUUUACAGGAAGUAUUUAGGAAGGCUGUGCACAUUACAGGCAGGGAGGUGUAACUAGGGCAGCAUAAACAAAGUGAUAGAACUCCUAAAUGGCAGAGAAUUGAGCAGUGAUACUGCAGGGGCAUGAUCUAUACACCAAAACUGCUUCAUUGAGCUAAAGUUGUUUUGGGGCUAUAGUGCCCCUUUAAAUAAAUAUCGGUUUGAUGUAAUAAGAGAAAGUUUUUUGUUUGUUUUUUUCUCUUUAAUAGAUGGAUUCACAAAGAGAACUACAGCAUCGGAUGCUUUUUCAUCACAAUAUUGUACGAGUGACGUUAAAAAUGUUAAUGAACUCACAGUUGGAAAACAAUUUACUGAGAAAUAUAAAGCAAGAAAGGGGCAGGACAAAUACAGCGCACAUGAGGAACAAUUCGUUUUGGAUGAAGGACAUCACACAGACACUUGCACACCCACAGACUACAAAUUAAUCCGUAUUAAAGAGGAAUAUUACUCCGAUGAAGAUGAUGGUCUCUCGGAUGCUGACCUUCAUACACCCACAGAUUACACAGAUACAGAAUAUCAAUCAACUCAUAUUAAGGAAGAAUUAGCCUCAAGUGAAGAAGGAACUCUUACAGACACCGACAUGUAUGCAAACACAGAAUAUCCACCUACUGACAUUAUGGAGGAAUCAGCCGCUUGUGAAGAUGGAAAACUCACCGACAUGCAGAAUUACUGGAAAAAGAACUGUAAUCCACACAAAACAAAUAAAGCAUUGUCACAAACUCCAUGCACUAAGUUUAAUGAAACAUUAAAUAAGAAAUCCACGACACAACACCAAAAUAGACUCUCCAAAAAAGAGACGCAUAGCAAUUUCAAGAGCCAGAAAAGUUUAAUUUUGAACUCUGAUCUGAUUGGCAAUCAGACGGUACAGCAGCAAAACAAAAUGGCGUGUUCGGAAUGUGGAAAACAGUUCCUAUAUAAAUCAUAUCUUGUGAUACAUCAGAGGAUUCACACAGGAGAAAAACCAUUCUCAUGUUCAGAAUGUGGGAAAUGUUUUAGUCAGGCGUCACACCUGACUGCCCAUCGAACAGUUCACACAGGAAUAAAGCCAUUUGCUUGCUCUGAAUGUGGGAAACGAUUUGCUCAAAGCUCCCAUCUUGAAAAACAUGAAAGGAUUCACACAGGAGAGAAACCAUUUUCCUGCUCUGAGUGUGGGAAAUCUUUUUCUAUUUAUGAAAAUCUUAUGACACACCAGAGAAUUCACACUGGAGUCAAACCAUUCAUAUGUUCAGAAUGCGGGAAAAAAUUCACCCGUCUUUCAUAUCUUGUUUCACACCGCAGGACUCACACGGGUGAGAGACCAUUCUCCUGCUCUGAAUGUGGGGAACGUUUUACGAAGAAAUCGGGCCUUAAAGCCCAUGAAGCUGUUCAUACAGGACGAAAACCAUUUUCCUGCACAGAAUGUGGAAAAUCGUUUAGUUUCCGUGGAAAUCUUGUAACUCAUCAGAAGAUUCACACAAAAAAGAAACCGUUCACGUGCUCUGACUGUGGGAAAUGUUUUUCAGGCCGUUAUUAUUUCAUCAAACAUCAGAGGACUCACACAUGA